GCAUUUCCGGGGGCCGGGAGACUCCGGCGGAAGCUGUCCCCGCGGUGGCGGCGGAGAAUCAGGCCUGAGUGCGGGCGACUGGAAGCUCCGGUAGGCUGGAGCUGCGAGCGCGGAGCCGCCGGCAGAAAUCAGUUUGAUUCAACUUAAAGCAAAAUUGAGAAAUGCAUUUCCUCUGAACAAUUCAGACUGUUCUUUGAUGGCCAUGGCAUAAGGAACAUUAUCACCAGAAAUACAGCUUUGCACUGGCACUAAACAAGAUUGGUGAUGAAAUGGAGCCUGGAACAAACUCUUUUCGAGUAGAGUUUCCAGAUUUUUCCAGCACCAUUCUGCAGAAACUAAACCAGCAGCGCCAACAAGGACAGUUAUGUGAUGUCUCCAUUGUUGUCCAAGGCCACAUUUUCCGGGCACACAAAGCUGUUCUUGCUGCCAGUUCACCCUACUUUUGUGACCAAGUACUCCUGAAAAACAGUAGGAGAAUUGUUUUGCCUGAUGUGAUGAACCCAAGAGUAUUUGAGAACAUUCUCCUGUCUAGCUACACAGGACGCCUUGUGAUGCCUGCUCCAGAAAUUGUUAGUUACUUAACAGCAGCCAGUUUCCUCCAGAUGUGGCAUGUGGUGGACAAAUGCACUGAGGUUCUAGAGGGGAACCCCACGGUUCUAUGUCAGAAGCUGAAUCACGGCAGUGACCACCAGUCUCCCAGUAGCAGUAACUACAACGGCCUUGUGGAGAGCUUUGAACUGGGUUCCGGAAAUCAGCACACUGACUUCCCCAAAGCACAGGACCUGAGGGAUGGCGAGAAUGAAGAGGAGAGCACCAAAGACGAGCUGUCGUCUCAGCUCGCUGAGCACGAGUACUUGCCCAGUAACUCGUCCACAGAGCACGACCGGCUGAGCACAGAGAUGGCCAGCCAGGACGGGGAGGAGGGGGCCAGUGACAGCGCUGAGUUCCACUACACCCGGCCUCUGUACAGCAAACCCAGCAUAAUGGCACACAAGCGCUGGAUCCAUGUGAAGCCUGAGCGCCUGGAACAGACGUGUGAGGGCAUGGAUGUCCAUGCGACCUAUGACGAGCACCAGGUCACUGAGUCCGUCAACAGCAUGCAGGCGGAGCACUUGGUCCAGCCUUCAGGAGUGGAUGAGGACUUCCAGAUUGUGGAGAAGAAAGUGGAGGCAGGGUUCGAUGAGCAGGCAGAGGAGAGCAGCUAUGACGAGCAGGUGGACUUCUAUGGCUCCUCCAUGGAAGAGUUUUCUGGAGAAAGGUUGGAUGGGAAUCUAAUUGGGCACAGACAGGAGGCUGCCCUCACAGCAGGCUACAGUGAGAACAUUGAAAUGGUGACGGGGAUAAAAGAAGAGGCGUCCCACUUAGGAUUCUCCGCCACUGACAAGCUGUAUCCCUGUCAGUGUGGGAAAAGUUUCACACACAAGAGUCAGCGAGAUCGACACAUGAGCAUGCACCUCGGUCUUCGCCCUUAUGGCUGUGGUGUCUGCGGUAAGAAGUUCAAAAUGAAGCACCAUCUCGUGGGCCACAUGAAAAUUCAUACAGGCAUCAAGCCCUAUGAGUGCAAUAUCUGUGCAAAGAGAUUUAUGUGGAGGGACAGUUUCCACAGGCAUGUGACUUCUUGUACCAAGUCUUAUGAAGCUGCAAAGGCUGAGCAGAAUACAACUGAGGCUAACUAAAAAUAGGGUCUGGCCUUGAGUGGCAUGCACAAAAAUAAACUAUGGUAAUUAAUGCAAAUCUGGGCACAGAUGAUGCGUGCCACUUGCUAUUAUGAGAGAAGCUUAAGAAAAAAAAGGAAGAUAUUUCUGAAAGACCAGCUCUAAGUAGGCCAAUUAAAAAAUUUAAUUCCUCAAAUUUGUAUGUUCUAGUUCUGGCCUAGAAUGGAUGAUGAGGAUAAGUUCACCCAGUGCCCAACUGGCAAGAUAGCCCUUACAGCCAGCAGUGACUGUGCAGUGGAGUUGGUGGCCGACUAACCCACCAGUUCGCUCAGGUGGUGGCGGUUGUCUGUCACUCAGUGCCCUGAGGUCAUGUCGCAUUUUCUUUUCCCCUGGUGGCAGGGCUUCUGGGGUAUUGCUUUGGUAGCCGUCACUGGAUGCUACUCCCCUCAAGGCUACAGCAGCCCAGACUCCUGGGCUGAAAUGUGAACGGAGCUCUUCCAUGUCUGGUUUCAUGCUUUCUAAAGUUCUAGCUGAAACUGUGACAAUGUUCCAUAGACCUGAGUCCAAAACAGAUGACUAGGCUCCUGUUAGAGUGCUCCAGACUCUUGACAAAGCGCGGGCUUGUGUUUAGUUUUAAUUGGGUUUGAACCAUUGUCUCCUUUAAAGUGUGUGGGUGCCAAAGGUAGGUGUUUCUAGUUGAUCUGUUAGCCUAAGCUUCCCUCAUUUAAUGGUAACAUCUAGACUAGACAUUGAACCUGCAGUGCCUCCUCACAGUACUGGUAGUGUCUUGUGGCCCUACUGCCUUAGAUCAUGGUGCUUCCCAACAAGGGUCAGCCAGGGACCACAGCUCAUGGGACCUAGCCAGAAUGCAUGGCUAAGCGUUGCCUGUGAGUGGGAUACUCCCAUACUCAGCUGAGGCAGUAAGUAACUUAUAAAAACAAAAGGCUAUACUUGCGAAAGGUCUCAAAUACACCAGUGUGGGGAAUGCUGUUUUAGAGAGACAUUGAGCAGUGCUGUCAGCUCUUUGAGACCCGGAGUGUGAGUUCAAAGUGUGAAAUCUACCAAUUCCUGUUCCUCAGUCGCAGAGAAAGCUGCACAGAGCACAUUCACAAGGCCCAGUAGUUCACACCCACUAAGGGAAGGAAGCCACCCGCCCUUCAAGGCCUGCAGUGUUGGAAAGAAGGCUUGUAUUCAGAAAGCUUUUAAGCAUAAGCACGUGACAGGCCUGAGGCUCUUCCUGGGGUGGGUGUAUGUCUCCUUUUCUUCCCUGGGAUAACAUUCUGACCUCAGGGGCUAGGGUUUAUUCAGCUUAGACUACCCUGUCACAGUUCAUCCUGGGGGACUCACAGCAGGAACUUGAAUAUCAGCCGCAGACAUGGCCAGGGGCCAGUCUGAUUUGAGCUGUCCCUCGAUUUAGGCUCCUUCUCAGAUGACUGUAGGCUGUGUCAAAUUGUCAGCUCUAGCUAGACAGUAGGACAGGGUGUUGCUCCUAUGUCGCCUUUCCAUAUACUUACAGUCUGUUACUGCUAAGUAGAAACUUUUUUCCCUUAAAAUAAAAAUUCUUUUUCUUGGAUUUGGGGUGAAAUUUUGUUUGUAAAGUUUGUUUUCUCUGACAUUUCUGGCAAGGGCUUCUGAUCAUAAGACUUCUGACACCAAGAGUUCACCUUUGACCUUUGUUUGGGAAGGGGAAAGAAAAUAGGGACUCACCAGUAAAUGCUUGGGAUCAAGAUUGCAAAACAGGGAUCUAUUUAUGAACACUGUAUCAAUCUUGGUAUAUAAGAGCACUUUGUAUUUAAAACUUUAUUAUAAGUAUAGAUGUAGAGUGUUUUGUUUUCACCUAGAAACUAGAUAAUGCCUUCUAGUGGUUUGGCACAUUCAAAUGCUCUCCCAGUGUGGAAGUCUGCCAGUUUGCAGCAGUCCUGUAUGGACCUCAGAAGCACAUGGAGAGGAUUGUAUAGUCACACGAGCCUCCUAGUCUUCUCUCGGGAGAGGUCAGUGGAUUUAGGGAUGACCUUAAAAUGUGUGAGGAUGAAGCUAGUUAUUUCUACCUUGAGGCAGUUGAACCAUUCUGUAGUUAGAAGCUGCUCCCAUCCUGUCCACCUCCUAUUCACCGACUGCCUUCUGCGUAUUGAGCGGUCUCCCAUUGAAGUCUCUAUUCAUCUGAGAACUAAGACCCUUAUGGAGAAGACUCUGAGGGAAAAAGAAAACACCCUGGCAACAUCCGGGUCCUUGGGUUGUGUUGAAUCCGUACCCUUGUCAUGCAUGGUGACAACUUUUGUUGAACUGGAAUGUGGCAGACCCCAGGAACAGGUGGGUGUCCUAGGCCUUGGAGGCAGAGGAGUAAGCAGAUUCUAGGCAUUGAAUCAAGACUUCUGACCUGCCUUUCCCAACAGAGGGCCUUCCUGGCACCCUGCUUUGCUAUAGUACUGGUUUCCUCACUGCCUGAGGAAGUCCCCACCCUUCCAGACGAGCUUGAAUACUUAUGGCCAGCAUUGUCCAGUGUCCAGGGACUUAAUCAACCAGCAGGUGUUCCUUCUCUACUUUGAGCCUUGACUGGUCCUUAGAGGAAAUGGCUUCCAGGCCCCACUGGCUGCAGUUCACAAUCUGCAUGCACCAUGCCUUGGGUCUUUGCACAAGUCAGUGAGCUGCAUGGUCCGGCUCCGCUUGGCCCUUGUUCUGAGCUCACCUUCCCUGGCCAGGUCCCUUGGAGCCUGCCCUAAAGGAUUCCCUCCAUUUCGGGGGGCCUUCACUGAACUACUCUGACCCUGGGCAGGCCUGUAGCUGCUGGGGAUGCCCGCAUGCCACAGGUGGCACGUCCUGAACGGCUAUGGAAGGGAGGGUGAGGAGCAAAGGCUGCUGCAGCUGGGUCCCCGAGGUCGUGGAAAAGCUUUGCCUGUCCCACAGAUGAGGUAGUGCUUCCUAAACUCUUGAUACUUUGGGAUGGGGGCAGGGUUGCCCUUGGCCUCCUGUGAUUUAGGUUGCUCUGAGUGGUGACUAACUAUCCAGUGAGUCCAGGUUUGCUUUGGGUUUCUUUCUUUUUUUUUUUGUCUCUGGUAUUUACGUAUUUAAAGGUACUAGUUUGUAAUUGCAGAUCUCUACUGAUCAUGCCCUGUGGGAACAUGCUGGAACACCUUUGCAAAUGUGAUUUUUGUUUUUCUUUUUAAGUGUUGCUUGAAGCCUAUGUCAUGUCAGUGACUGCAGCCUCCUUUUAUGUGGUUCCCAAUGUUUCUUCCAGAAAAUGACUUUAUUUAUGCAAGUCAGGUGACUCUUAGGCCUCAGAACCAUGGGAUGAUAAACAGAUUGUCAUUAGGUGCAUAUCAUGGAUACUUGUGAACUGCCUGUGUUGCAGAAGUUAGUUCUUUCUAGAAUUGCUGUCUUCGGUGUACAGCGUGGUUUUAAUUGAAUGUUACUGUUUAAUAUUUUCUUCUUAUAGAAGAGACCAUGCCCUUUUGUAUGACACGUUUUAAUAAAUGUUACCUGUCCAUUUUGUA